ACUAAAAUAAAACACCCGCAAGGCAAAUUGAGUUUUUAUUAAACUGGCGUUCACUAAGGCUAUAUGUAUUGGUUGUAUGGAAAGAACUUUGCUCCGUGUUAUACAGAUUCGUUUAAAUUUGGUCUGCCAGAUGUUGAAACAGUAUAUUAUCCAACAAAUUUGAUAAACGCCACUUUAGUGACGAGUUUGAUAAACCGAGACACUGGAGCAGUUUAUCAGCGUGUGCUUUACUUUUUUUAGGAACAUAAGUUUUUGGGUAUAACGAAUGUCACAGUACUAUCAGUGGAUUGUGGGAGCGUUAAACAGCAUGAGUAUUUCGUUGAUAUUUUCCCGAAAUAAGUUUUAACUUUUUUUGCAACAUAUAUCGAAUAUAUUUUGGAUUUGGUGGUUAUGAUGCCUGUAAAAAUUAACUUUGUCAUCUGUUUACUCGUGAUAUACAUUGAUCAUAAAGUUUUGGCAGACAUAAGAGAUGAUAUUAGUAAACUGGUCGAAUCUAUUAGAGAAAAAAUUCCAGAAACCAUUCACGUGAAUAAUGUCAAUUUAAAAAUUCCGGAAGAUUCAAGUCACUCCGGCUCUUUCUCAGUAAAAGAUUUAACAAUAACGGGAGUGAAGGAGUUUGUAUUCGAUAUGCAGUACUAUUGGAUGAUAGAGUAUAUUCCAAAAGCUUUUGAAUUGACUCUCGAAAAAGUGCAAAUGACGAUGGAUUAUGAAUGCGACAUAAAAAUGUUCAAAAUUCCGUUUCUGGGUCUUUUUGGAAACGGCUCGAUGAGCUAUUCCGUGGAAGAUUUAAAGUUGAACGGAUCUAUCCUGCCAAUUUCUUCUAGUGGCCUUUUUACUCUAACUAGUGUGAUUCUACAAAUUGCUGACACGAAGGCAAGCGUUGGCAACUUAAUGGAAGAUGAUGAGUUUAGUACAAUGGUAGAAAAUUUAAUAAAUGACCAUUUCAAUGUUGGGAAAAUUGUACAAAACAACCAAGGCAUUAUCAGCGAACGACUGACUGAAAUUGGUAACAAAAUUAUUCAAGAUUUACUCCAUAAAAGUGAUUUGAUUAUAAAUUCGGUGAAGCAAGAUUCUAAUUUUCACAACAAUAUGUCGAAGUCAUUUUUGCCUGUUUUUGAGGAAUUCGUCAACCAGAUAUCUAAUUCCCUUUAAAUAUAAGUUAACAUCAAAAAUAGUUAAUACCGAAAACAAUAAAAUGUUUUGUAAUUGAUAGGUAUAUUGCAAAAUAAGUUUUUGUUAUUUCUAGGGAGUUUGAUAAUAUCUAGACUUACCAAUACUUUUUUAAAGCAUUAUCGUAUAUAGACACAUUUAGACAAUCCAUUUAAUGAAUAGCGGAAACCCCCUAUACACAAAUCUACACCCGGAUUAAAAGAUAUCAAACUACCGAAUCUUUACGCAAACAUUCUAUCAACUUCUGUCCGACUGAGCACAUAAUCCUCGAUGGGAUUAAAAUUUAAACAACAAUUAGUUUGAAAAUGGAAAACAGAUUAUUUUAGGUAAUUUGUUUUACAACAAAGGGAACGGCCAUACGUGUCUUGAAAACCAAAACAAGCUUUCGUUGUCUAACAUAAGAGAAAAAUUCACAGAUGGGAAUUUUGACUGAUUCGAAGAACUUUAUUGAUAUUGGAAACGAGUUAUUUAAUAACAUAUUAUGCAAGAAGUUUGAUAAACGCCAUUUUACUCAUUAAUUUCAUUGACAACGUGCAUGUUACAUAUACUAUUCUUCAAAACAACAUGAAUAAUAUUGACUGACUUGUGAGGGGACACUGUGACCAAAUUCAAAAUGAAUGAAAAUGGAUCAUGAAAGUGAUGACGCCUUGACGCCAAGAAAAUGAAACAUAUAAUUAUAAACAUUUAUAAUAGGCUAUUAAUAAAAUCACAAUAAAUAAUAUUUGAUUGAUGGUAAAUUAAAUAAACCUGCACCAUUUUACCAUAUUUUCAGCAGUUAUAGCGGAAUAAGCUCUCGAGUUCGGAUAUUUAUUGUGUCAAAUAAAACGAAUUUGUUUCUAUGCUGACAUUUCGACAGUUUUGUAAUGACUGCUAAGUAUAUUAAGCGACUAAAUAAAAACGGAAAUGCAUAAAACAAAUAAAUACAAGUUUUAAGAAAAUACAUUUGCGCAAUAACGAAUUAUUAAAUCAGGCACAUGUUACUUACCUAAAAAGUUAAGAAUUUUUGUUAAAAAAAAAUAGAAUAAAUCAGGAAACUUUAGUAUCAAAUUCCUCCGCAAUUGCGCAAAUGCAGUUUGUGUUGUUUUUGAUAAAUUUUUGCUAUGUUUGCUAUAUUUUCCACAACUUAACUUCAAUGAACGUUUACAGAAAAAGUUUCACAUUUUCAUAUAAGCUGCUACGCCAUUAUAAAGCGGAUUCCA